UGUCCGUGUGGACAUAUUCGAGUUCGAACGUCGACCGAGUUCGGAGCUUGGAAGUGAAAGGGCACGGAGCAGAGAGUCGCGGAAGAACAGGAACACGGAGUCUGACAGAGUUGAGAGAAGAGAGGGAAGAUGAAGAAGGCGCAACUGGAGUUGCCGGCGGGGUUCAGGUUCCACCCCACGGACGACGAGCUGGUGAACCAUUACUUGAUCCGCAGGUGCGCUUCCCAGCCCAUCACCGCCCCCAUCAUCGCCGAGAUCGAUCUCUACAAGUUCGACCCUUGGGACCUUCCAGAAAUGGCUCCCUACGGCGAAAAAGAAUGGUACUUCUUUUCUCCCAGAGAGCGCAAGUACCCCAAUGGGUCGCGGCCGAACCGGGCAGCCGGAACUGGGUAUUGGAAGGCGACCGGGGUCGAUAAGCCGAUCGGCCACCCAAAGACGCUCGGCAUAAAGAAGGCGCUAGUGUUUUACGCCGGGAAAGCUCCAAGAGAUGAAGUGAAGACCAAUUGGAUCAUGCACGAGUAUCGCCUUGCCAACGUCGAUCGAUCCGCCAGCAAGAAGAACAACUCGAGGCUUGACGAUUGGGUUCUAUGCCGGAUAUACAACAAGAAGGGCACCAUGGAGAAGCAUUUCCCCGUCACGCACAACAAACCGGCAGAGUUCCGGGGAAUGGAGACCAAGCCGCAGAUUGUUAUGCCAGCGGUGCUGAACCCAUACACACCUCCACGAUACGGGCAUUUACCAAUGACCACGGAUCACAUGUUCAUGGACUCGUCGGAGUCGGUGCCGAGGCUGCACGCGGAUUCUAGCUGCUCGGAGCACGUGGUGUCCCCGGAAAUGGUGUGCGAGAAGGAAGUGCAGAGCAAGGGGAAGUGGAACGAUUGGGGGAAGGCCCUCGAUGUCCAGUUCGGUUCGAUGGAUAACUUCUUGGACGAUGCAUUCGCGCAAGGACAGUUUCAGUUGGCUCAGUUCUCGCCUCUUCGGGACAUGUCCAUGCACUUGCAGAAGCCAUUCUAAAAGACUGUAGCAAAAUCGUUUCGAUAUUUUAUUUAGUGAAAGAUUAUUUCAAUUAUUAUUCUCGUGGUUAAUUCAA